AUGUUUUGUCAUCAAGUCCAUCGCUGUGCGCAACUGCUUCUUGAAGAAGCCAAGUCCAAUAUAUCUGGUCUCACCCCCUUCCUUCCCCCCCCCCCCGCUCCUCCACCAUCUCAGCUCCUCAACGUGGACAGGGAUUUCAACGACAUAGGCAUGGCGUGUUUCGUCAUCAAGUCCAUCGCUCUCCUCAACGUGGACAGGGAUUUCAACGACAUAGGCAUGGCGUGUUUCGUCAUCAAGUCCAUCGCUGUGCGCAACUGCCUGCCUCAAGCCAAGUCACGCCUUGUGCUCUCCGCCUGGAACCCUCCUCCCAACUGGUCGCGCCAUGCAAUGAUUCGAGUGGUGGGCAAGAUAGGCAAGCCUGUCGACGGUGUCUCCCCCAUUGAGACCUUUGAGGUGAGAUGA